AAACGGUACUUCCAGCAACCAAACGGUACCCUGCGUACGGCCAAACAUUCAACUUCAUCCAACCCUACACCUGUGCGGUUUAGUAUUGAUUAAAAUAGGGAAUGCUAUCCACCGAUUUUGCCACGACGUGAAAGGAUUGGUUUUACUGAUUUUGCUACUUGUUUAUAAAUAUUGCAGGCAGAAUUAUAAAUAAUGGCAGCAAUUUUCCCGCAGUUAAGAGCUCAUAAUGUCUGCUUGGAGUAACGAGGUUGUUUGAAGAAAAUAAACGGAAGUGUGAUGGCGGCCAGCAACAGAAAUACGACCUCGGCGGGUAGCGAAUCGAUUUAUAUAGGUGAGAGAGAUUCCGCGGGUCAACGGAAUGUUCCAAGAAAUAUACCCAGUCCGGAUGACGAUCGGAAGGAGCUGAAGAUCCUGUGUUUUGAUCUGACCUAUUAUAAUGGAACAACUCAGUUUCUGCUAUGCUGUGCUGGCGUUUUCGUGAUGUAUCUGCUUUAUGGAUACAUGCAGGAGCUGAUUUUCACCUUGGACGGAUUCAAACCCUACGGAUGGUUCUUGACUCUGGUGCAGUUUGGAUAUUACACGAUUUUCGGGUACAUCGAACGAUCGAUUGAGAAACUCAAAGUCCAACGAUGCAUUCCUAUGAGGACAUAUCUGCUGUUGGCUUUCCUUACACUAGGAACGAUGGGAUUGUCCAAUUCUAGCUUGGGAUAUCUCAAUUACCCGACUCAAGUCAUUUUCAAAUGCUGCAAGCUUAUUCCGGUUCUGAUUGGAAGCAUUUUGAUACAGGGCAAGAAGCAUGGACCAUUAGAUUUUCUAGCGGCCAUGGCUAUGUGUCUGGGAUUGACUCUUUUUACCUUGGCGGAUUCUCAAGUUUCGCCAAACUUUAACACGUUUGGUGUGUUCCUGAUCUCCAUGGCACUUCUGUGCGAUGCAGCCAUCGGAAAUGUCCAGGAGAAGGCAAUGCGGGAACACAAAGCUCCGAACAACGAAGUCGUGAUCUAUUCCUAUGGUAUUGGAUUCCUGUAUCUGUCCGUAAUCAUGCUGCUGACCGGGAACCUCUUCUCCGGGAUUUCAUUCUGCAUGAAUCACCCAGUAGAAACUUACGGUUACGCAUUUCUGUUCAGUCUGUCUGGCUAUCUGGGGAUUCAAAUAGUGCUGACAUUGGUUCGAACUUGUGGAGCUCCACUAGCAGCCACAGUAACGACAGCUAGAAAAGCGGUGACCAUAGCACUGUCGUUCGUAUUCUUCAGCAAGCCGUUCACGUUUAACUACGUUUGGGCCGGGUUGAUCGUGGUGCUCGGGAUCUAUCUGAACGUGUACAGCAAGCGAAGCAAGCUGACCUUUGCCGAUUUUGGACGCUGGUUCCGACGGUUCGGGCAGCUUCUUCCGCUCGCAAAUGCUCGACGAGGCUCGUCCGGUAGCAACAAGAAGCUACUGCUCAAUGUGUAGAAUGAACAAAUUCAUGUGAACAAAUUUAGGUUUUAAUGCUAUCUAGGUUGUAUUAUUUAAACAAUAAUUGAAGAUCAAAGUUAUUAAAAUAGUUUAACUUAGCUUGAAUUAGGUGAUAUUUCAAUUGAGGGAAUAAAAAUGCAUUAACUUUUUUUAGCG